UUGCAGCAUGGCGGGCAGCGGGCGGCGGCCGGAGCAUCGCGGGCCCCCAGAGCUGUUCUACGAUGAGACGGAGGCGCGGAAGUACACUCAGAACUCCCGCGUGGCCGAGAUCCAGGCGCAGAUGGCGGCGCGGGCCGUGGAGCUGCUGGCGCUGCCCGAGGGGCGGCCGUGCCUCCUGCUGGACGUGGGCUGCGGCUCCGGGCUGAGCGGGGAGCACAUCUCCGACGAGGGGCACUGCUGGGUCGGGCUGGACAUCAGCCGCGCCAUGUUGGAUGUGGCUGUGGAGAGGGAGGUGGAAGGAGACCUGCUCCUCGCAGAUAUGGGCCAUGGCGUCCCCUUUAGGCCCGGAUCGUUUGAUGGCUGCAUCAGUAUUUCUGCAGUGCAGUGGCUUUGUAAUGCUGACAAGAAGUCACACAGUCCUCCAAAACGCCUUUAUCGGUUCUUUUCAACUCUUUAUACUGCCUUGGCCCGAGGAUCCCGAGCUGUGCUGCAGCUGUACCCUGAGAACUCAGAACAGCUGGAGCUCAUCACAGCCCAAGCCAUGAGAGCUGGCUUUACUGGUGGAAUGGUCGUAGACUACCCCAACAGUGCCAAAGCCAAAAAGUUCUUCCUCUGUCUCUUUGUUGGGGCAUCUGGCACGUUACCAAAGGGCCUCGGUACUGAGUGUGCUGAUGGAGAAGAGAUACAUCAGGCAAAAUUCACCAAUGAGAGGAUGCGAUUCAGAAAUGCCAAGGGCAAGUCUGUGAAGAAAAGCCGGGACUGGAUUCUUGAGAAGAAAGAACGCAGGCGACGACAGGGCAAGGAAGUGCGGGCAGAUACAAAAUACACAGGUCGGAAGCGCCGCCCUCAGUUCUGAAUUGCUGUGGACACUGCUGACAUGGAAGACUGUGUGUUGGCCUCUUGUAGUGAGGCUCUUGUGGAUAGCCCUGAUGGGCUUCCUAGGCUUGGGACUUGCAGGAGCCAUAGUGACCUGUCUCAGCAAAAGUCUGGCUCAGGUGCAGCCAAACUGCUAACUACAAAGCUUCCAGCUGUUUUCUUCAUGAAGGGAGAGCAGCACAUACUGGCCACUUGGAGUCUGCCAGGACAUUGCUUAUAUUCUCAACAGGGCACUGAGCCAUCUGGAGCUUCAGGCAAACCCAGAACAUUAUAUGCAGAUUCUUCUCUAAACAGUCAACAAGUUUAAAGAUUU